AUGGAGCGAUUGGCGACUGCGGUGUGCAUGCUUUUUGCGGCGCUCGCGCUAAGGGCGCACCUGGGCGCGUGCCAACACUUCUAUCUGCUCCGGCCGAUACCCAGCGACAGCCUGCCUUUGGUGGAGCUCAAAGAGGACCCGGAUCCGGCCCUGGACCCGCGCGAGCGCGACUUAAACGCAACCGAGUUGCGCACCAUACUGGGAGACUGGGAUGCGCGCUUCUUGUCCGUGACGCCUCCGAGCGAGCGCCAGGAGGAGGAGGACGACGCCGCCAACGAGUUCUUACCCGACGGCCCGAUGCCCGCGCACAUCCGCGCGUUGGACCUGGACGCGCCCUUCGUGCCGGGAGCGCGACGCCGCAAGACCGGGCGCAAGCUGAAACGGCGGCUGCAGAUGUGGCUCUGGGCGCGCUCGGCGUGUCCGGUGCGCUACACGUGGACCGACCUGGGCAGCCGCUUCUGGCCCCAGUACGUGCGCGUGGGAGGCUGCCGUACCGAGCGCUCGUGCUCCGUGCCCGAGGGAAUGACGUGCGCGCCAGCCGGUUCCACGCGCGUCACGCUCUUGCGCUGGCGCUGCGCGCGCCGGAGAGGCGCUCUGAAGUGCGCGUGGAUCCCCGUGCAAUAUCCCAUCAUCACCGAGUGCAAGUGCUCGUGCUCGAACUGA